AUGGCCCUUGAUAUUGCAAGAUCGGAUAAACAUAUGUUUAUGGUGAAAGCUGGUGCCCAACUAGAAGAGCUCCCAAAUAAUAGAAAUUGGCAAGGGAGUCUAGAGAGGAUUUCAUUAAUGAGAAAUUUCUUAGGUAGAGGGGCGGAAGAUUUUACUUCGCCGAUGUGCCCUUUGUUGUCUACUUUGCUGCUAAAUGAUAAUGAAAGAUUAACAAAGAUGUCCAAUAUCUUUUUUGCAAGUAUGCCAAGUUUGACAGUUUUAGACUUGUCUAGUACAAGCAUUGAGCAUGUUCCUGACUCCCUCUCAAGCUUGACGAACCUAAGAGCACUAUUGCUUAAAAGAUGCCCAAAAUUAAAAUAUGUUCCUUCUCUGGCACAACUCAAAAAAUUAAGGAAACUUGAUCUUCAGAAUAGUGAAAAAUGUGGAGCUCUUAUGGGCAUCGAAGAAUUAUGUGACCUCAAAUUCCUAGAAUUGUGCGGUAUGUCCAUCAAAUGGAUGUUUCCUCAAACUGAAAGAGGGGGCAAGGAGGUCCUCCCCAAGCUAAGGCAGUUGCAGUGCAUUGGAGUUGGAGGAAAAGAUAUGGAGGUGGAUCAACUCUCUGUCUUGACAAAGUUAGAAAGUAUCAAACUCUGGGGCCUUGACCCUCUCAAGUUUAAAAAUUAUGUAAAAUCUGAGGCUUGGAAAAAUUUGAAGCGCUACUUCCUUUGCCUAUCGACGGAUGUUCUUCAGCUACCAAAAAUACUAUUUGGCAGACAAUUAUGUAUAGAUUAUCGUGGGGUUCGUAAUAGUUCAGAAAUGGGGGAAUUAUCCCUCAUGCUCCCUUCAAAUGUCCAAGAGUUGAUUUUAAGGGGAUGCAAUGAUUUCUGCAGCUUGUUAGAUUUUUCGUCUUCUUUGAAGAAUGCUGAGGAUUUAGAGAGAUGUAAAAUUGAGUCCUGCCAAGGGAUGCACCACUUGUGGGCAAAUAAUUGUUGCAUUGCCACCACCGAUUCUAAUAUUAUGCCUUUAUUUUUACCACAACUAGAGACCUUGGUGGUGCGUGAUUUGCAAAACCUCAAAGCCCUCUUAAAGCUUCAGGAGGGUGCAGUUGGAAGGGGAGGACUAGAACAAUCACUGUCGCCAGUAUCGAGUGGAAGCUUUUCCAAUCUUAAGCUAUUGUCCAUUUCGGAAUGUCAUAAUGUAAAGUAUAUAUUUCCUUUUGGGUUUGCACAGAAACACCUCCAAAACCUUGAGAUUAUGAUUGUGCACGACUGUAAAAAUAUUGAGAAUAUCAUUUCAGCGGUAGACGGAGAUGAAGAAGAAGAGGGGGUGCAUCAGGAAAGGAGCAAGAAUUCCAUGUUCAUGUUCCCAAAAUUACAAGAAUUGUGGUUAGGAUAUCUACCCAAGUUGCAGGGGUUAAUAUGUGGUAAUAAGGGGAGCAUGGUCAGUGACUAUUUGCAAGAAAUACACAUAUAUGGAUGCCCAAAUCUGAAGAGCCUCCCUAUUUCCAUUUCUAUGCAUGAUAAUGAUAUUGGCAUGGUGUCAUCUGUUCUUCCUCCUCCUACAACUAUAAAAAGAAUUAUUAAAGCAAAAAGAAACCAGUUUGAUGCUAUGGAGUGGGCCGACAAAUCCCUUUUCAAACUGAUACCAGUAACAGAGGUUGUAGACAGAACUGCAAUUAUUGAGAAUGACAUUCAGAGGGGUGUAGCGGCUCAGAAUCAGAGAAAGAGGCUUGCGCCUCAAGGUUUUCAAGCUGGCACCAGUAGGGGUCCAUGGAGAGGAGGUCGCGAUAGGAAAGACCAGAGGUAG